CACCGUAAAGCGAAACCAAACGCAAACGCAGACGCGACGCGCAGGCGGCUCAUCGCGCGCGGCCGCCGAGGCGCCGAGUCUUAUCCGCUCGUCGCGGCGACUACUCACGCACGCACGCGCGCGGCUGUUAUCUUUCCGCCACAGGCUCGAACAGACGGCGCCCCACCCAGUCACCGCUCACCACUCGCCCCCGGUCACGCACGAACAGCUCGCGAUGUGGUCGGCGGCGGCGCGCACGGUGUCCCCGCUGCCGGCGGCGUCGCCCACGCAGCAGCGACGCGGAGUGGGGUCGUUGCCGUCGUCGUCGGCGCGGGUGGGAACGGGCCGGCCGAGCACGGCGGCGGCGCGGGCUGGGCUGCGGGACUUCGUGGGAGGGGACCUGGUGCGGCCGGACCUGGGGCGGUGGCUGGAGGACGUGGAGAAGCACAAGUCCCUGGCCAUCUACCCGCCGCACGAGGGCGGCUACGAGGGCCGCUACCUCAGCCGCCUCAGCUACCAGGGCUACUACUUCCUCGACCUCUCCGCCCGCGGCCUCGGCGACCCCGAGACCACCCUCACCAAGAUCCACCCCGUCUGCCCGCCUAGCCUCGGGAGGCAGCCGGUGGCGAGGUGGUACUUCCCGCCGGAGGUGGACUACAGGCUCAGCUUGCUGCACCCGGACGCCAAGGGCCUCGUCGUCUGCGUCAUGGAAGCCAAGGUUCUCUCCAAGGCUGAGCUGCAGUUCCUCGCCAUUCUCCCUGACAUCCGCCCUAAAGUCAGGGUGAUCGCCGAAUGCGGAAACUGGAGGAAAUUUGUUUGGAAGCCUCUGAAGCAAAUCGCAGGCCUUGAGCCGGACCCUGACGCAGAGGAAUGAACAAGGAUCAAGACCAUCAA